AUGGGCAGUGCUUCGUGGGCUGGGCCUUCUAGUCUUGGCAGGAUGAAAGACAGCUACUGGGUGCUCAGAAGAAGCCAGCGGAAGAAAAGGUGGUUAAAAGAGUGUUGUCGUCUCGUCAAGGUGUCAAAACUCUCACUUGGCGCUGACGUCCUCUCGACGUGGAUUCAUCCAGGCUUGAACUUCCCGAGGAUCAAUCCUGAUCAUCUUUUCUCCAGAGGAGGUUGGCUAGUGAGGACAGAGCUCCGUUUAAACAGGUCAAAGUUUCGCAACUCCUUCAGCCUUUGCUCGCUGUUCUUCGUCGCCAUCGCUCACGGCCAUUGUGAUGAUUGCUUUCACGUCCACUAUAAUCCCAGAGCAGCAAUUCUGGCACUACUAGGUGAUGCUUCAGGGAAGCACUCCAAUGAUUGGGAGAAACGUAACUUGAUGAAGCUUUUGUCGGCACUACCACGGAGGUGGAACCUUAUCCGUUGCAAAGGAUAUGGACUGUCUCCACAGAUUCCGCAAGCGAGAGCUAGCCAACUAUUCCAACCGAAGUGCUUCUUCUGUGCAAGUGCAACCACGACUACAUAGCCAAAUCAACACGCGUAAGGCAUACUAGGCAUGGAAAAAAAAAGCUGCUGGAAGGCGACAGACCUUCCAAAAUUCGCUAUCAACAAGGUAAUACGAUCGUCCUCUUUUGGUUUUAGAAGGCCUCCUUGAUGUUUAGAGAAGACGCAUCAAACUGCUGCCGCUCAUGCCGUUUAGAAAUA